UAAUUAUAUUAUUUUAACCGAGCCUGUCAGAAAAGACCUAAAGAGUUAUGUAGUACUAAUGGCAUAUUGGUAUUAUCUAAUAUCUAUUUAAAGACUUUUUUCAUCUCAGAUCUCAGUGACUGAACUCUAUAGCAAGUACUGAAUACUGAAUAGUGAACUCACGUUUGGGAACUACUGGUGAUUAGUGAAUAUAGAAUUAUUAAAUAUUUAUGAAGGUUAUUUAAAUACCAAAGUGGUGAUGGUGAAAGUAAACUGUAAAAGGUAGUCAGGAUGUCUACUAUAUUAGUAAAUUACGAGGGGUCAGUUCAGAUAAUUUCAUUUAAUCGUCCAAAUAAACUAAAUGCCAUAUCAUUUCAGUGCUAUAAUGAAGUGACUAAAGCUCUUAAAGAAGGAGCUAAAAAUGAUACUGUUUUUUUUACCAUAUUAACUGGUGUAGGAAAAGCCUAUAGUAGUGGUACGGACUUAUUGGAUAGUUCUGCUAUGGAAGUUGAAGAUCAUUUAAUUGCAACACGAGACUUUGUAAGAGCAUUCAUAGAUUAUCCAAAGUUGUUAGUUGCAUUAGUCAAUGGUCCAGCAAUUGGAAUUGCAUGUACUACAUUAGGACUUUGUGAUCUUGUGUAUGCAACUAAAACAGCAACAUUUUCAUGUCCUUUUCACAGAUUGGGUAUUACCGCUGAAGGAUGCUCUAGUAUUACAUUUCCAUUAAUUAUGGGCAAGACUAGGGCAAUUGAAUUUUUGUAUUCUGGUAAGACAUUGAAUGCUAUUGAUGCCCAGAAAAUUGGCUUAGUCAAUGAAAUUAUCAAUGAUGGAUUAAAUGGAAGAAAUCAAUUAAUUAAAAAAAUCAUGACUGAAAUAGCAUUGUAUAAACUGCCUAUAGUGUACACAAAAUCAAUGAUGCUAAAUGGUGUGAUCACAAAAGAUGAACUGCACAAAGCUAAUGAUAGAGAGAUUGAAAGACUGAUAGAAAGAUUGAAUUCAGAUGACUUUCAAAAUGCUAUUAAUAACUAUUUUAAAGAAAAAAUGUUAAAGAAUAAGUUAUAAAGUUCCCUAAAAAAUAUGCAUCUAAAACUAAAUUAUUAAUCAUUGUAUACAAUGGUUUAUGUUUUAACAAUUAUUAUUUACUUUUACAUCACAUUAUAAUCAAUUUACUUAUUUUAAAAAAUUGGUUGCAAUAUUAUCUAUAGUUAGGUACUCUACUAAGCAUUACUAAUAGGUAAUAGGUAUAUAUAAUUUUUAAACGUUAAACAUUGUUAUUAUUCUUUUAUUUUUUGCUUAUUUAUAAAUGCUCCUGACACUUACCACAGAAUGGGUUGGUAUAGAUGGGUGAUGGUUACAUAUCAAAUAUAAACAAAUGCUGUGAAAAUUAUUGUUGUAAAAUUAUUUAGUAUUUUAGUGUUGUUGAUAUUUUUAGAUGAUUGAUGAAACACCCCCCCAAAAAAAAAAAGUUUUUAUUAUAAUUACAUUGUUUUUUAAUUACUUUUUAUUGAAAACAUAUGUAUAACAGAUAAUCUGAA